AUGCUUGCAGUAAGAAGCAGAUGUGUCUCGCGCGUUGCCACACUACGCGCGAGCUCUCUGACAGCACUCACACGCUCCAACACGCGACUACUAUCACAUCCACCAUCACUGAAAACAUUCCAACCUUUAUUGUCACAAACCCGCACAUAUGCCGGUCGUCGACCACAUCCUCCCGGCGGUACCCACCGCAUGAACAUGGGAGGCGAAGAAGAGAAGCCCGCCCUCGAACAGUAUGGUGUGGAUCUCACGCAAAGAGCCAGAGAUGGCAAACUCGACCCUGUGAUUGGAAGAGACGCAGAGAUUCAACGAACUAUUCAAGUCUUAUCACGACGUACCAAGAACAACCCCGUCCUCAUUGGUUCAGCGGGAACUGGUAAGACUGCCAUCCUCGAAGGUCUGGCACAGAGAAUCGUGAGGGGAGACGUUCCCGAGAGUAUCAGAGAAAAGAAAGUCAUCUCUCUGGACCUUGGCUCACUCAUAGCUGGCGCAAAGUUCCGUGGUGACUUUGAAGAACGCUUGAAGAAUGUACUCAAGGAAACCCAAGAAGCCGAGGGCAAGGUCAUCCUCUUCGUCGACGAACUCCACACCCUACUUGGACUUGGUAAAGCCGAAGGCAGCAUUGAUGCAAGCAACCUGCUCAAGCCCGCUCUCUCUCGUGGUGAGCUACAGUGCUGUGGUGCCACCACUCUGAACGAGUACAGGUUGAUCGAGAAGGAUGUUGCACUCGCUCGACGCUUCCAGCCGAUUGUGGUUGGCGAACCCAGUGUACAAGACACAAUCUCUAUCUUACGAGGCAUUAAGGAUCGUUACGAAGUCCAUCAUGGUGUUCGCAUCACCGACUCCGCUCUCGUUGCUGCCGCCACCUACAGUAACCGAUACAUUACCGACCGGUUCCUACCAGACAAAGCGAUCGAUCUGGUGGAUGAAGCCAGCAGUGCCCUGCGAUUACAACAGGAAAGCAAGCCUGACGCCAUUCAGAAACUCGACCGUGAAAUCAUGACUAUCCAGAUUGAGCUUGAGUCGCUACGGAAAGAAAAGGAUGUCGCCAGCGUGGAGCGCCGAGAGCAACUCGAGAAGAGCCUCACGCUCAAGCAAGAUGAAGUCGGCUUGCUCACUGAGAAGUGGGACAAGGAACGAGCUGAAAUUGAGGAGGCCAAGGGCAUCAAGGAGAAGCUUGAACAAGCUCGUCUUGACCUCGAACAAGCUCAGCGAGCAGCUGACUUGGCUCGUGCCAGUGAGCUACGUUACAGCACGAUACCGGAUUUGGAAAAGAGGCUUCCCAAAGAGGGAGCAGUCGACUCGGAGGGAAACACUCUACUGCAUGACUCUGUCAAUGCAGACGAUAUUGCUGCAGUCGUUGCACGCACGACUGGCAUCCCUGUCAACAAGCUGAUGUCUGGCGAGAUCGAGAAACUCGUUCAUAUGGAGGACUCCCUGCGCCAAUCUGUGCGCGGGCAAGACGAAGCACUUACUGCUGUUGCCAACGCAGUCCGCAUGCAGCGUGCAGGAUUGAGCGGCGAGAAUCGACCUCUUGCAUCUUUCAUGUUUUUGGGACCCACUGGUGUUGGCAAGACUGAGCUCUGCAAGAAGAUGGCCGAGUUCCUCUUCUCUACCGAAUCUGCAGUCACUCGCUUCGACAUGAGCGAGUUCCAGGAGAAGCAUACAGUCAGUCGUCUGAUCGGAAGUCCUGCUGGCUACGUAGGCUACGAGGACGCUGGUCAACUCACCGAGGCCGUUCGUCGCAAGCCAUACGCUGUACUCCUCUUCGAUGAGUUCGAGAAAGCACACAAAGACAUCUCAACUCUUCUCCUACAAGUCCUCGACGAGGGCUUCCUUACUGACGCUCAAGGACACAAAAUUGACUUCCGCAACACCAUGAUCGUUCUCACGUCCAAUCUCGGUGCCGAAGCACUUCUUGCGGAUGAAAGCUCGAGCAGCGAAAUCUCGUCAGAGGUCAAACAGGAUGUUAUGGAUGUGGUACAGUCGGCAUAUGCUCCUGAAUUCCUGAAUCGCGUCGACGAGUUCAUCAUCUUCAAGCGUCUGUCACGCGAUGCCCUCAGAGAUAUUGCCGACAUCCGUCUCAAGGAGUUGCAAGCUAGACUCGAUGACCGCCGUAUCAAACUUGAGGUACCAGACGACGUCAAGGCCUGGCUUUGUGAGAAAGGAUACGAACCUCGCUACGGUGCUCGCCCUCUCAAUCGUCUUAUUUCCAAGGAGAUUGGCAAUGGUCUGGCCGACAAGAUUAUUCGUGGACAAAUAAAAUCUGGAGAUGUGGCUAGAAUUGCUGUUCGCGCUGAUGGAGAACAUCUCGAGGUUCUGGCACCUGUAUCAUCUUAA